AGUGCCGAGGCGCCGAACUAAAAAGCGCCCACCUCGUCUGCCCGCGCGGCCCGCCCCCGGAGAUAACGCGCCAUGCCGCACGCCCGCCGCGGCGCUGCGCUCUGCCUCGCGCUGCUGCUGGCCCCGGGCGCGGCCGAGCGCCAGAGCUGCGACGUCGGCGGCAGCGACGAGGCCGCCCUGCUGCAGCACGCGGCGGCCCAGGGCAGCCGGCAGCACAGCCCGACGUGCAUCGGCACUCGCCCCAGCGAUCGGCGCCGGCGCCCUCCCUGCCGGCGAGCUCCUGCGUCGAGGCGGUGCUCGUCGAGCCGCGCAGGCUCCGGAGCGUGCAGCUGGCGCUGGAGACCGCCAGCCUCGUGCGCGACGGCUCGGGCAAGGAGCAGGAGAGGAAAAAACACAGACAGAAUUGAUCGUCGAUUCCCCAGAAAAUAUGGGAACAUAUGGGAAUGGGGGGUGAAGACAAAACCCCAGAAAAUAUGGGAAAAUAUGGGGAAUCCUGUUAUUUGUGUGUAUUUAUUUGUGUGUCCCAGGGCCCCUUCAAAGGAGCCGGCGAUCCAGGUCCUGACGCUGAUGCACGGGACGGGCAAUCAGGAGUACGUCACGCGCCUCGUGGAGGAGAGCGAGCACCUGCGCGAGGACAGGCGCAGCGGGAGGCUGCGGCUGAUCCCCCUGGGCAGCACCGAUCUGGGCGGUGAUCUGGCACUGCUAGAGGGGGGUCUGGCCAGCUCGCGGUGGCAUAGCCAAUACAGCUCCCUGUUCUAUAACAUGUCCUUCUGGGAGUCGCUGAAGUGCGACCACGUGCUGACGAUGCAGAGCGACUCGCUGCUUUGCCUGAAUUCUAAGGUGCACUUGUCGGAGUUUUUUAACUAUGACUUCGUCGGCGCCGUUUCCUGUGGAGGUGAUUCAAAUGUAUCGAACGGUGGUUUGUCCUUGCGGAAUCGACAAGUAAUGAUGAGAUGCGUGAGGCGAGGGAUCCAAGAUUUGAAGAUGCAAGAGGACGUGUUCUUCUCGGAGGCAUGCCGAGAUGUUGCAAGGGCGCCAGACUUGACGGUGAGGGACAGGUUUGCAAUCGAGCAGGGCUUCAGGCAUGCAAACGUAACGCCCUUCGGCUUGCAUAAGCCGUGGCACCAGGAGAAGUCGAAUCAGUACCGUUAUGUGGACCAGAAUUUGGACAUGUGCGAGGGCGCACGCAAGCUUGUGAGCAUGCAGCACGAGUAGCAGGUCAUGGGUUGCGUCUGAGACGCCUCACCACCCGUCGCCAGCACUUCAGGGCCAUCGUUCGACAUACAUGUAUGCAUGUGUGUAUGUGGGUCUGUAUAGAUGUAAGUACACAAAUCGCUGUGUAUGUCCUUUAGUUUGCUUGUAACCACUCAGUGCGCAAUAUCGGCACAUUCCUAUAUCUGACCGCUGAGGCUUUGUGGUCACCCGACUGAUCCAUGGGUCUGGUCUGGGUCUGUGAAUAGAUCGAUGAACCAUGGGUUGAAUAUAUGAUCGGCGUGUACAGCCUGUUUUCCAUUCACUCUUGGGUGCUCGCGAGCCUUGCGAUCGAGCACAGCUUUUGGCGGUGACAUCAUCGCGCACGGUUCUCCUUCGAGGCUGCGCCAGACCACGCCCAAUGGCUUGUGGCGCACGUGCUGUGUCCCGGGUCUCCCCGCUUCGCCCUCUGCGCCGAAUGCGCGCCCGCUCCGACGCUCGACCGUCGCGCGGUCGCCCCGCGACCGCCGACCAAAGACGGGCUCGGUCCGAGCGGUGCCUACCCGUCGCCUUCGAUGUGCAUUUCUGGAGGAGAGAGCGAUCGGACGCUCGACCGUCGCGUGGUCGCCCCGCGACCGCCGACCAAAGAUGGGUUCGGUCCGAGCGGUGCCUAUCCGUCGUCUUCGAUGUGCAUUUCUGAGGCGAAUAUCUGUCUCACCAGCCUCUCUCCGAGAGGGACGCAUGGGAGUGUGAAGCACUGGAGGCCCUUCGAAAGAGUCCGCGCGGGCCUUAGA